GUGGGGCGCUGCAGCAUCUUGUGGGACGACAUGUUUACUGUUGCCUUGCUUUUUGUUUAGUUUUGUAUGUUGUUUUCGGAAGUUAGAGGGUGUUAAAAGUUGUAGUUUUCCCAUUUCCCCCUUUAGUUUUUUGAGUACAGUAGUGGGCGGCCACAGAGAUACUUUUGAGGAGAUAGGAAACUCCUUUGGAAUCGUAUUAAAACCCACUGUGUACGUUUCCCGUUCGUAAUAUCUCUGGCGGCAAUACAACUUUUCAGGAUGUAGUCCGCCCUAAAACCACACCGAAGAAGAAUAACAUUUUGGAGCCAUGAUUUGGAGCUCGCGAACAUGGAGUCACUAAAGAAACGUAAUCUUCGCCCCUUAUAUUUAUGCAAUUUCCUUUUUGUUGUUGUUUGUUGGCAAUCUACUCUAGCUGGUGACUGUCCUGCAGAUGGGCGCACCUGGGUGCCUUUCGGACAAAGAUGCUACCACUUCGUCCAUGGAGAAGAAGAUGUGGCUAAAAGCUAUACGAUUGAAGCUGCGAAAACCAUCUGCUCAGGAUAUGAACUGUUGAGUGUCCAAAGUGCAGAGGAGAAUAAUUUCAUCAUCAACUACAGUCCGCAGGUGUGGAAAGGCAACAUACACGUGUGGUUGGGCAUGUAUUAUGACAGUGACGAUGAGGCCUUUAAGUGGCAAGAUGAAACAGGUCUGAGCUUUAAGAACUGGGGGAAUAGCUCCAGCGAGUCUGAAUUCAUUCCCAUGGACACCUGUGUGGCCAUGCACAGCAGCACAGGGGAGUGGGAGAAAGUCAGCUGUGUCGAAGACCCGGAGAAUGGAGUGGUCUGUGAAACUGCUGAAAAAGCAGAGAAGGAUCGCAAACCUGCUACCAGUCCACUGCUUUCAGCUCUGGUAAUUCUCAGUGUGGUCGGCAUCAUGGGGAUCUCUGCAGUCUUUUGGUUCCUGCACCAGAAGCACCAAUACGGUACUGUCCUCACGUCAUUCGAGUACCACCCCCCAUUCAGGUCUCCCAGCUCUGACGAGGCCUGCCUAGUGGAGACAGAGGACAUUGAUGACAUGGCUUAGUGGAAGUCCUCUUAGAUUCUGCUGUGUGGAGUCACUCUUUGAGGAGAGGACUUGGAGAGAAAAAGGUGACCUUAAUUGAGACGGGUUCCAUUGUCCAGAAGAGAUGAUUUGACAGAUAAAAGGACAUACUGCUAUGGAAUGACACAUAGCUACACCUUUACCACCAACUAGAGCCACAGUCUGCUUAGGUCCUUUACACUAUUGCCUGUCUGAAUGGGCUCCCAUAUGGAUAUUGGGUCAGUCUGCUUUUCUGAAGAUUUAUUAUUUGAAUCCUGAAUGUUUGUGUUCGCCAAACAGGAUCCUAAUGAAAGUGUGUUUUCAGAAAACUUUCCUUCAGAAAAUCUGGUUUCAUAGUUCAGGAUGCGCUAAAGUCCAUUACUGUGAAUGUAGACCAUUAUCCAUUUGCUUGCAGUUACAAUGAAUUCAAUAUUGAAUUGUGAGAAUCGCUGUUUUCAAUCUUCAAAGACGUUCGGUCUCCUGUUGUUUUGUCUGCAUCUGCAUACAAUUUGUGAUCUGUGCACCGCAUGGCGAGUCUGAGAUAAGUUAUCAUUAUCAAACAUCUUUAUGUUAUUUUGCCCUUGUAAAUGCUCAUACUUUUCAAUGAUUUAAUCUCUUCCCCUAGUGUCCAGGCUUUAAAUGUCUUGGUUCUCGAUAAGAGAUAAAUACAAGUAAUGGAAAUUACAGAGGGAUAAUCCAUUAUUCAUAUCUCAAACAUACAGAUUAAGGCUUGUAAAAUAUGGCAUAGCCAGAUUCAACCAGUGUUUAUUUUCUCAACAAGGAAUCUCAGCAGUCCUGUGUUCCAUUGUUUGUAUGCUGCUGUAACACAACUUUGUUCAAAGCAUUCUUUAAGAUGGUUAUUAUCAAUGUAUGAACAAGCUUUUACAGAUGAUUACAUUUAUAAUAGAUAUGAUUAUUUGUGUAUUAGUCUGUAAUGACGUGCAUAAACUUCUAUUCAUGGGAGAAAAGAUUUUAGAGUGAGGAUUGUUUGCCUUUGACCUGAACCAUCUCCUUGUUCCGACUUCCUGAAUAAUCAUAUAAUUUAUUUUUACAAAGCUAUUAAUCCAAAUUCUAAUUGACUAAUAUGAAUAUGGUCAGUGUUUUUACUAAUGCAUUAGUGAUACAGUUUGUUACAGUUUGUGGAGUGGGCCUAAAAUGGUAUAUUGACAGAACUACACCCCCAUAAGGUCUUUGAAUGUCUGUGAAAGCUUUUCCUAAAUACUGUGCGAUAUUCAUUUAAUUAGGCUUUAGCUAAGCCCUGCUUGUUACUCAAAAUAAAUUUUGGAAAUCACCUGUGA